AACAACUUUUCAGGAUGAUAUAAUUAUGUGUUAUUUUCUUGAAGAUAAUAGUGAACAAUUAAAGCGGAAAUGCAAAUUUGUCAAGCAUAAGUCAUGUUAUUUGUAAACCUUUGCGCUUAUAUGUAAUACAAGAAUACAUGUAUUUAUAAAUCAAAGGCAGCCAACCAUGGACUUAAUACAGAGUAUACUAUAAAAGUCAUUCUAACGAACGAAGAUAAUGGGCGGUGACAGUGUACCUGCUGACUCAGAAACGAUUGCAUCUCGCUUCUUGUUUUUGACUGCUAUUGUCGCAGGAAUAUUCUUAGGGACACAUUUCAUCAAGUCUGAACAAGAACCGGAAGUUUUAUUACCAAGUCAAGUGGAGGCGUUGAGAGCUGAAAUGGCAAAGGAAUUCAAGGUGAAAGAAGAUGCUUUAAAAAAUCAAGUGGAGGUGUUGAAAGCAGACAUGGAAAAGGAAUUUAAUGUGAAGGAAGAUGCAUUGAAAAAACAAGUGACGGAUGUACAAAUUGAAGCGGGAAAAGAACGCGAGGCGAAAGAAGACGCUAUAACACGAUUAAGCGCUAUAAUAUCCAAUCGUGUAAGAGAUAACAAUCCGGACAUCGUAGAUUUGAGCGACCCUAACCGUCCAGAGAAAAUUGCAGGGAUGUAUUCUGAACUUUAUAGCAACCAAUGGACAGACGCCUACGAGGUUUUAGAGAGCACCUUUAAAAAUAACGAAAAUAAAAUUUUUCAGUUUCUCGUAGAUAUUCUUAAGAUAUGUUUUGAAACAUGUCAAGAAGAAGGCGAGAAAGAGCUAGAACGGUUAAGAAGUUCAGUAAAACAUGUUGAACAAGAGCUGACGACGAAACACAAAACACUACAGAGUGACUUGAUGCAGCGAAUAAAAGAUGAGAGAAAACUGAGUGCCACUGGUCAAGUACCAGAUUAUAAUAAGAUAUCAAAACUAAAGAAAUACUUCAAAUCAUCUAAAGCUAAUGACAAGGUGAACAUGCAGCAGCCUGACAUGAAGGCUUAUAUAAAAGAAUGCCUUAGAAUUUGUCGGCUAAUGGUGAUACAAGAUCCACCGAUGACUUUAUUAUUCAAGCCUGAUGUAGCAGUGAUUAAUUCCUUUAGAGAAUAUAGAAACAAAGGCACACGAGUUGACAUUGUUGUUUGGCCUGCUUUGCUCUUGAAAGAAGGUGGUCCGAUGGUUUCGCAAGGGGUUGUCAAGUUUUAUUAAUAGAAAAGCGAAGAAAACAUCAGUGAGCAAAGGGCAUCAUUAAUGACUUUCAAAAAGGUUUUGAAAGUAAAAACAAAUUGUAAUUUUAUUACAAUACCAUGUAGCUCAUUUUGUUUUCUGCUGUGCUAAAACUGCUAGUGAAAAUAUAAUAUUGCUCAAUACAUUUUAAUAUAAAAAGAAAUAUACAUGUACAGUAAAAACUCAUUCACUAAACCGGACAUUGUCGGUUUAAUGGAGAUCCGGUUUUGCGGGGUUUCCACUGUAGUUAUUGUAGAUUCUCUAAUGAUGAAAAUCAUUAAAAAAAAUCAUUGUUA